UUGAAAGUGCUUAACACGUUCUAAUUUUAUGACCCCCUACAUUACUAAAUUAAUAUUUUCAUUGUUAUCAGAUAACAAAAUGGGUUUGGGAGGACAACAAGUGCAAGAUUACAUUUUCGAUUUGCCUGAAACAGAAAAAAAAAGGGCCCUUGAAGAACUUAGGGAAGAUGAUAGUACUAGAGAACAAUCUUUGGACCAGAUGCGCGAUUGGAUUAACAAACAUCCAAAUAUCAAAAAAUGUCGGACUGACGCUCCAUUUCUUCUUCGUUUCUUAAGAACGAAAAAGUUCAGUGUUCCUCAAUCUUGUGAGAUGUUAGAACGUUAUCUGACCAUUCGUCAGCUCUAUCCCCAAUGGUUCCGCAAUUUAGAUUGUGAAGAUCCAGACUUGGCUGACAUUAUCAAUUCUGGAUAUUUAGUACCACUUCUAGAAAGGGAUAAUGGAAGGCAAAUUCUUUUUAGUUGUGCUGGAAAAUUCGAUCCUCAUAAAUACACAUCAGCACAUAUGGUCAGAGUGCACAGUUUGGUUACUGAGGCUUUAAUGGAUGAUGAGGUCAACCAAAUAAAUGGGUAUACUUACAUAAACGACGAAAGUGGAUUUCAGAUGGCUCACAUAUCUUUGUGGUCUCUUACUGACGUCAGAAAUAUAUUGAGAUGUAUCCAGAAUACUACUCCAAUGAGACAUAAGGCUAAUCAUUUUUUGAACAUAUCUUCUAAUGCAAUUAAACUAAUAGAAUUUGCUGUAUCUCUGCUGAAUGAAAAACUCAAGAACAGGAUUUUUAUGUACAAGUCGAUUGAGGAAAUGCAUGAAAAAAUUGAUAAGAAAAUUCUCCCUAAAGAAUAUGGCGGAGAGAUACCUAUGCAAGAAAUGUUAGAGAAGUUUAAAACAUUAUUAAAGGAAAAACGUGAAAAAAUACUUGCACUAGAUGACAUGUAUAUAGAAAUUGACGAAAAAUCUUGUCCACUGGUGUCAGAAAUGAAUGAAGAGUUGGGAAUCGGUAUUGAUGGUUCAUUCAAGAAACUUAUGGUAGAUUAAUUCGUAUUUAAUAUCUAAAUGAACUUACUUUAUAAAAUUGUGAUCCCUUUCUUUAAAAUAAAACUAGAUGUGAUAAAUAUUAAAUAAAUCACUGGAGUAGAUAUAUUUGAUAGAAUAUAUUUAUACUAAUCUACUUAUUAUGUUAUUUUAACGAAAUUAAUAUUUGUUAUGAUACUUAUAAACUAUUUAUAUAAGUACUAUAUUGUACUUUUACACAUUGUUGUCCUUGGUGGAACUUAGUUACCUUUUUUAGCCUAAGCUUAGCUUUAUUUUACUCGUAUUGUUUUCUUUAUAAUAACAAUCAGAUAAAUAUAAUUUUGUUGAUUUUUGUUGAUUAUUUGUUUAGAGAUUUUUAGAGUUUAAACAUUUUACUUUUAUGUUUGCUUUGAUUACGGUACUUAAAUGCACAUAUGAUUUUUUUGUUAUGUAUUUUUUGUGAAUAUACCUACCUAUGAAUGUU